GGAAUCCUAUUCCAUGCUUUCAAUGCGUUCUCAGACUGCAACUCCUAUAAAUCAAGUUCAAAGUCAAGAUUAAGAGAAGCGUUGCUAAGACUUACAGAAAACGCUAUACUGCGCUUUACAACAAAGAGUACCGCUGCACCAGGGAUUUGCUUCACGGGACCAGAACGCAUUUCACGGCCACACAACGCCGUCAUUUAACAACUUCCCGUGCAUCACACGAAACCAACCAGCACAACCAAACCACCACAUAUCUCAACACAAUGCCAGGCAACUGCUCUGGCUCCAACAACUUUUCCUCCAUCCCCGCGUACCGCCCCACGCCCGAAGCUUACGUCGCAAUCCCCAACGCCUACAACUGGUCCUCCCUCCUACAGUCCUGCUGCGGGUCCGACUCUCUAGUAGCUCGUUGGGGCGAACCCGGUGACGAAGACAGGUGCUAUCUGUACUGCAACGUCACUGUGACGGAGAACCACAGUGCCAACUCUGUCCGGCAGUGUGUGCGCAACGCGAUACUGAAGCAGGAUCAGUUUGUGAGAGUGACGAAGAGUACUGAGGAGAAGUCGGGAGCAGUGGGGAGGUUAGAGUGGAGGGGAGGGUUGGUGGGGUGGGUGGUGCUGGGGGUUUGGGUUGUUGGGGCGGUUUGUGGAGUGUUGUAGGGUAGACUGGGUGGGAGUGACGAUUUCUGGCGAAGCGGUGGGAUUCGUAGGACGUGGCUUUGAGACAUGUGGAGGGCUGCGUGGAGAUUAGUU